GACGUAUAUUUCUGAGGGCAUUAUCAACAGCUGCACAAGAAGACCUUUGUACCACCCCCUCAAAUCAAUUUCAAGAGAAGAAAAUGGCCCGUGUCUUGGUUGGAGUUAAACGUGUGAUCGACUAUGCUGUCAAGGUCCGUGUCAAGCCAGACAAGACUGGCGUAGUCACCCAGGGUGUUAAGCACUCGAUGAAUCCUUUCGAUGAGAUUGCCGUCGAGGAAGCAGUCAAGAUGAAGGAGAAGAAGCUGGCCACGGAGGUCAUUGCUGUGUCCGUGGGCCCAGCCCAGUCGGCGGAAGUGAUACGCACGGCCAUGGCCAUGGGCGCCGAUCGUGGCGUCCAUGUGGACGUGCCACAGGCCGAAUACGAGCUGCUGCAGCCCAUCCAUAUCUCCAAGAUUCUUGCCAAGUUGGCGCUGGAUGAGAAGGCGGAUCUGGUGAUCCUCGGCAAGCAGGCCAUCGACGAUGACGCCAAUCAGACAGCCCAGAUGACCGCCGCCGUGCUGGACUGGCCCCAGGGCACCUUCUGCAACAAGAUCGAGAAGACGGAUGCUGGCCUGACCAUCACACGGGAAAUCGAUGGCGGUCUGGAGACGAUCAAAACUAAGAUACCAGCCGUACUGAGCGCUGACUUGCGGCUGAACACGCCACGCUAUGCCACGCUACCCAACAUCAUGAAGGCCAAGAAGAAGCCACUGAAGAAGGUUACGGCCAAGGAUUUGGGCGUUGAUACGACGCCACGCAUUGAGGUCAUCUCCGUUGAGGAUCCACCUGUGCGCCAGGCAGGAGCCACCGUUGCCGAUGUCGACGCCCUGGUGGCCAAACUGAAGGAGGGGGGCCACAUCUAAAACAAAACUCUCUAAGAAUAAAGUGAUUGAAAAUCUCGCUCAACUUGAAGCGGCCCAAAAAUGUGGAUUCAACGCCUAACCCGAUAUGGCAAACCCAAUGGUAAAUGUUUUUCUACUGUAUUUCUUUUCUUUAUUAGCAAGCGGUUCACAUAAAAGGAAAACAUUUGCUAAUACAUGUUUUUAUAGAGAAGUAUAAAUUGUA